UGUGUGCAUGUGUGUGUGCAUGUGUGUGUGCGUGCGUGUAGUGUGUGGCUGUGUGCCCUCAGAAUGACAUGACAAUUUUGCACAAGUGAGGACAGUAAUACAGAAAUCAAUAGAAAUCAACAGAAGUCCUUACAUGUAAUGUAAGACAAAUGUGAGAGUGUGUAGUGGGUGUGGGAGGAGGUGUGCGUGUGGGUGUGUGUAUAGUAGGUGGUUGUUAAAUAGCCUUUUCCACAGCCUUAAACUGCAGUAGUAUUGGUCAUCAGAAAAAGCUGAGUGGAGCUGAGAUCAUACAUCGAGAAUAAUGGCAGAUUGUCCAGGAAUUGACAAUGUUGAAGAUUUUAAGUAUAAGCUGAUAACCCACCGUGGCUUUCACCUCAUCUCUGCCAUCCAUUCUCCAGAAGAGGUUGACCGAAUCCAAAACUGGGAGAUUCAGGACUCUGAUGUUUUUGUUGUCACUUACCCCAAAUCAGGAACCAUCUGGCUCCAGCAAAUCCUCAGUCUGAUUGAGGCCAGAGGAGACAUUGAGGCCACUAAAGAUCAACUAAAUUCUGAGCGAAUGCCAUGGAUCGAGCUAAUUGGGAGUGAGGAGAAGUUUAUUUCAGCCACUCCACCCAGAAUCCGUGUCACACACCUGCAGCACAGAUUCGUCCCCAUCAGCCUCAGACAGGGGACAGGCAAGGUCAUCUACGUGGCAAGAAAUCCAAAAGACAUUUUGGUGUCCUACUACCACUUCCACAAAUACGCCUGUAUGCUGGAGACUCCGAAAGACUUCAAUGAGUUUUAUGAGAAGUUCAUGGAGGGACAAGUUUACGGAAAUUGCUGGUUUGAGCACAUUAAAACCUGGUAUUCUCACAGAGAUGAAAUGAACUUCCUGUAUAUCACCUAUGAAGACAUGAUCAAGGAUCUGCGGUCAGAGGUGGAGAGAAUCUGUGUGUUUUUGGGGAAAGACCUAAGUGAAAAUGAAUUGGAGGAUGUGGUGAAACACAGCACAUUCAAAAACAUGCUCAACAACAAGCAGGCUAACUACCAACAAAUCCCCAUCUCACUGCUGGACCAGCAGAACGGCAGCUUCCUGAGGAAAGGUACAGUGGGUGACUGGAAGAAUCACUUCACUGUGGCUCAGAGUGAGCAGUUUGACCAGGUGUUCCAGGAAAAGAUGAAGGAUGUGCUGCUUUCCUUUGUGUGGGACUAGAGUGACCUCAUCAAACCAUAAUGUUCUAUUUAAAAUGUGGUUAAUAAGUACCUUUUACUGUUAUUCAUCUCACAGCUUCUUGUAGGCCUUUCAAACGUUCACACUAAACAUUACUACUAUUUAGGGACUGCAGUAACAGAAUGAGUUGAAAAUGGUCAGAUACAAACCUUUUGAGUUGAUUCUUGCUGACGGUGCUCUGAUGUUUUGUGGAACGUUAUCAUUUUCUAAUACAGUGCUUCAUUAAUCUUAAUUUAAAAGGGUGUUUUAUACAUUGAUCAUUUGUGCUUGAAAGAAACUGUAUUUGUAAUUUAGUAGCUCUUAUUAUUGUUAUUACACUGGAUAUUAGUUGUCCUUAAACAAGUGCUGACUAUUUUUCAAAAUUAAGUGAUUUUUUACUAGAUCUCUACUGCCCACUUCUGGAAAAUAAAGGUCAUGGAUAAGCCUUUUGGCAUACUGAUGUGAAUACAUGGCUAAAAAUGCAAUAUUUUAAAAUGGAAAAUUGUAUAUAUUUUAAAUAUUACGCUUUCAAUAAACUUUGGCUUCCUUA